AUUUUGUUGGCAGCAGGCAGCCAGCGGUAACCCGCGGAGGCAAGUCCAAGAAAGGUGGAGACUCCUGGUUAACUUCCUGCACAAUAAUCUUGUACCACCACCAAGAGAGGACGAGGGAGGCUGGCGGUGCUGCUGCUGCUGCUGCUUCUCUUGCUGCUGCUGCUGGGGCAAGGGCGAAUGGAUAAACGGCUGAAUUGACUUCUUUACCGGCUGUGAAUCGACAAAAAAACAGUUUGUGGUCGAUUAUACACAUCUACCUGGCUAGUCGCUAGCUAGCAGCGAGCCCGCUGGAUACGAGAUUCCCAACAUUUGAUAGCGAGGCGUUGCGAAGGACAGGAAUGGAGGUGGUGGUGGAGUUCGAGUAUGAAGCUCUCCAUGACGACGAGCUGACCCUACGGCUGGGCGACAUCAUCAAGAACGUGCGGUAUAUAGAGGAGGACGGCUGGAUGGAGGGCGACCUCAAUGGGAAACGGGGGCUCUUUCCUGACAACUUUGUGAAGGAAGUGAAGAAGGAAUCCAAAGAGGUCAAGGAAACAAAGAACGAGCCAAAAGAAGAGGCCUCUCAGCCUCCGAGGAGAGAGAAGAGCGCAGGGAACGUGGCCAACCUGGUUCAGAGGAUGAGCACCAUCGGCAUCCCGACUGGCGGCUUCCAGCCUCAGCCGCCCGCAGCUGCAAAGAAGCCCAAGAAGAGACAGUGCAAAGUGCUGUUUGAGUAUCAACCACAGAAUGAAGAUGAGCUGGAGCUGAAAAUCGGAGAGAUCAUAGAAAUCACUGAAGAGGUUGAAGAGGGCUGGUGGAGCGGCACCGUGAACGGCAAGUCGGGACUGUUCCCCUCCAACUUCGUCAAAGAGCUGGACGCCAUGGGAGAGGACGGAGAGUCCAAUGACGCCGCAGCAGCAGAUGAGACCGAUGCAAGUGCAGUGGAAAGUGUGACCACCCCCACAUCGCCUCAGCCUGCCUCAGGGAACGGCGUUAUCGCUCAGCCCAAGAAGAUCCGAGGCGUCGGCUUCGGAGAUAUUUUCAGGGAAGGUUCGGUCAAGCUAAAGGUCCGACUGCCCAGCCCCGACAUGGAGGAGAAGAAGGACAGACCAGUCCCAUCAUUACCAUCUGCUGCAAAGCCCGCCCAUCCCAACACGACAGACUUGCAGAGAGCAGACGCAGACAGCAAAUCCAAAGCUAAAGAGUACUGCAAGGUCACAUUUGCUUUCGAGGCCACGAACGAGGACGAGCUGAGCCUGAAGGAGGGUGAUAUCAUCCACAUCCUGAGCAAGGACACAGGAGAGCCUGGCUGGUGGCGAGGGGAGGUCGGUGGCGCAGAAGGCGUCUUUCCUGACAACUUUGUGGUCAUGGUUCCUGAGGCAGAGAAAGAGACUCCAAUGUCGAGAGGGUCAGUGAAAUCAUCACCUAAGCAGGAGUCGGAGGAGAAACCAAAGAAGCCACCUCCACCAUCAAAAAGCAUAGGUCCCAAACCGGAGGUUCCCAGUGCCGACAGGAAACCCCAUCCCAUCAGGACAGAGGACAGAGUUGACAAGCCCACGCCAGAUCACAAACCAUCCAAGCCUGCAGCGCCAGUGGUCCCACCCAAGAAGCCGAUCCCCCCUCCAGGGAAAGGCAGACAGGGAAGCAUACCACCAAAGAGGCCCGACAAGCCUCUCGCUCCCUCGCCAAACCUCAAGCACAAUGGAGAGGUGCCUUCCACACGACCAAAGUCCGACUUUGAGCCAUUAUUGCCCAACAAACCCAAAACACUGUCUGGAGACUGGGGGGAGAAGUCCUCUGAUAUGGCAGAUCUGAUGAGUUUUGAUGAGUUGUCGUCUACCUCGGAGAAGCUGUCUCACCCCACUGCGAACAGACCAAAGAUGCCUGGCAGGAGGCUGCCCGCCCAGUUUGGAGGACAUUCGCCCAACAAGGAAGUGAGUGUGGAAAAAUCCUUCAAGCUCAGUGAAGAGGAUGCAGCCAAACCAAAGCUAACAGAAACCAGAAAGCCUUCCUCAAACACCUUAUCCCCGUCACCGUCUCUCCAGAGGUCCGCCGAGACAAAGCCGAGCCCUGCGGCAGCACCGAGCUCCAACAGCGUCUCUCAGAGCAGCAGGGUUCGGCCGGAGCCUGAGGAGCCGAGUUCCCAGCUGGACGAGCUGAGGGGCCAGAUGAAGGAGCUGCUGAUGUCUGUGGAUCUGCUGAAGGACCAGCAAAUGAAAGAGAUAAAGGAGCUGCGACGAGAGCUGGAUGAGGAGAGGCUAAAGCGUGUGGCCCUGCAGAUGGAGAUUGAAAAGCUAAAGAGGACCGUCCACUCGACGUGAAGCUCGUGCUGCAGUCAACAGCAAGCCUCAAUGUCAGCUGCCGGCCUGUCGACCAACCAGAGAGCAGGAGGGCAGUUGGACGGCUGGAGAGAGGGUGGGGAAUCAGAUGAACCACCUCGAGCACAAUCCUCUUUCAGUGAUCUACAAAAAAAAUAAACUCUCCCCACAUUUGUAAGAUUUACAUUUUGCACAUAUAAUUUUUUUCAAGCUAGAUGUAAUUAAGUUACAGAUGUAUAUGUUUCUGUUUUUUCUUUUUUUUUUAUUUUGCCAACACAAGAAAAACUGAGGCCUUACUUCAAACUACUGCGCUGGACUUGUAACUCUGCCACUCACACUCUCUCCCCUUCACUCUGGUGUUCCUCGAUCUCCUCAGGGAGGAGGUUCACUCUCAGUACUACUGACUUUGUAUAAAGCAGGGGGCGCUUGUUCUUUCCUCGCCUAAUUUUCUUUCUCAUAUUUUUUUUUGAUAAUGCACAAAUAGUUGAUUUAAGAAAAAAGAAAAGAAAAAAAAAAGUAAGAAAAUGUUUGAUUUCAGUUACCGACUUUGGAUCCUCACAGCAAAUUAUUUUGUCUUUCUUCCACGGCGCCUGUGAGCAGUACUCCACUCCACGGCUGCAGCGCUUCAGAGAGAGACACAGCUCUGCUUUCUGUUUUUCUUUGUCUUUUAUAUGUUUUCUAGCAUUCCUAUCCAGGGUAACACUACUGUGCCUGUUAAAAACAAAACUCUAUUAAGUGUUUGAUGGGAGCUUACAUUUACCACGAUGGUGUCUGGAAAAUCUGCAGCAUGAUAUUGUAUAUCUAUAUUUUUAAAGUCUACUGACAUGCCUAGUCAAAUGCUAUACCGAGGGCCUCGUCUGUGCUGGUCUCUUCUAUUUUUGUCAGACUGUUGCACCCACUGGGAAUGUUCUCAGACCUUUUUUGCCAGAAUCUCUGCAGGUGAUGCAGACAAACCUCCACAUGCAGAAAAAAAAAAAAAAGCUCAAGGAGAAGAGAAAGGAAGGAGUUGUUGCAACAAGAUGUUGGCACGUUUAUGGAAAAGACAGCCUCAUUACAAUCAUCUCCAUUUUUAAUCUGGCCAUCAUCAUCCCUGCCGCGGUCCACUCCACCUCUCCUCUCCCGUCUCCCAUCCCUCUUUGAUUCAAAGUGAAACUAAUGAUCCGAGAGGAGCCUCGUCUCUCUGCUCUGUACUGUGUUUUGCACAGCACUCAUCCGUUGUCCUGUCGUUGUUGUACAUGCGACAUGCCUGUCGUCUCAUCCACAUCUCUUCCCACAUUCCAAGUACACAAGUUAAAAUAACUGGAAGCAUAAAGUAAAAGCGUAAAAUUAUAAUGAAAUAAACUCAUAUUCUCCUUAUUCUCAUUCUGUUGGAGGAGCAAAUGGUUAAAGCCCCUUUGUGUAGAAUUGUGUGAUGGUGUAAUCUUUAAAAAUUGUUCUCUUGAAACAAUCCCACUGCAAAUUGGUGCAAUAUAUGUGCCUGCCAAAAUGUCUUUUUUAGCCACGCUAGCAUCACAGCUCUGGAGAUCAGUCAUCAGUGGGUCUGUCAGUUGAUUGGUCAGUUCGCUGCUGUGGUCCAGAUUGAAACAUGUUGAUAAGUAUCAACAGACAUUCAUGGUCCCCAAAGGAUGACCCUGGUGAUCCCCUUUCUACAUAACACCAACCAACUGGUCAAAGGUUUGGUCAAAUAUCUCAACAUUAAAUUCAUACACAGGCCCAAAAUUUACUACAGAUGUUUAUCAUUAUCGGAUGAUGUGUCCUUCUAACUUUGGUGAUCCUCUGACAUCUCAUCUUGCACCACCAUCAGGUCAAAACUUUAGAGUAACUUUAACACCACUCUGAAAAGCAGUGUUUAGAUGCCCUCUCUGACCACACUCUACUGGGUAACCACACCCACCAGUGAUGUCACAGUGUACUCGCACACCCUGGAGUACACUUCUGCGUCAUUCCAGCAAAGGAGUUCAGCAGCAGCAAUUCAUUUUUUUAUUAUAUAUAUUUUAAAAAAUGACAGCGAUCCCUUUUCUUCCCCUCAAACAGUUCUACUAAGAUCCGUUCUGAGGUGGAGAUUUUAGUACAAAAAAUACAAACAAACAAACAAAAACUUGUAAUUGCUUUAUUUGGUCACGUCGUUACGAAACAUAUUUUUGGAGUAUGUUAACAUUUAGUUCAAAGAAUAAUCUCACAGAGCUGCUAGCUUGGCUGACUCACAAAGUCUGAAGUGUUCAGGACACAUAGGGGCUUUAAGAUGAAGCUCAUCAACAGAAAAUACAAAGGGUUGGUUGCUUACUGCACAUUGCUGCUCUGUCAGCACAGAACUACUGUUACACUUAGGACACUAACUGUUCUUUGUAAUACUGGGAUAUGUGGAUUCUCACCACUGCUUACAAGGUUCAGGGCUGCAGAAAUGUAGAGCAUGGUGCAAGUCGAACUAAUGCGAUGUAGGAUGCGAGUAACCCUCAGUGAGGCCUAGCUUGUAUCCCUGAGCUCUGAGUGUACAGUGUGCAGUUCUGUGCCGAUAACCAGUUUAUCUCGGUGUUGAGAUGCUUUUGAGUACCAAGUGUAACCCCCUCUGGCCUCCAUACGGGUUAGAGGGAUAUUUAAGCCCUGAGUAUUAGUCACAAUAUUGACAGUAGAUUAAAUUUUCAAGUCAAAUGUUCUGUAAUUAUUUCAUAUCUAAUACUGUGGGGUUUUUUUUUUUGUUUGUUUUGUUUUUAAAAAAAGAAAAAAGAAUUCUUGCAGAUAUCUCACAAAUGUCUUAAAGAAGCGUUACUUUACUUUUAAACAUCCUCAGGCUUGAUUCCAUGUGUCCAACGUGUGUGUGUGUGUGUGUGUGCGUGUGUGUGUGUGUGUGUGUGUGUGUGCGCGCGUGUGCAUGCUUUCGCUGGUGUCUGCUCACGAAAACAUUGAAGUGUAACCGCGUCCAUGAUGCUAAGUUCUGGACUCCGGAGCGCUUUGACCAAGUUGAUACUGUAUAUCUGACCUUAACGAGCAUGGCACUCAUGCAAUAUAUUGAUGCCUGACGUAAAUAAAACAACCUUUCUUUUAGCACACGACUCUUAAACAAUGUGGCUGGGCAAUGAAAUAAUUACAAUGUGGGGAAAGAGGGACCAGGGGGUUUGGGUGACAGCUCUUCAUGUUAUAUCUGUAAUGCAGCUUAACUAUCACGUAUUGUACAUUCCAGAGUUUGACACCAAGAAAAACAAAAAAUCUGUGCACAUUUAUAACAUAUUUUCAAGUGAUUUUGUUUACAUGAGCUGUAUCCUUGCAUGAGCUGAGAUUCUUUCCAAAAAAUGAAUAAAUAUCAUCUUUAUUUACUGUCA